CCAAGCUGUCCUCUGCAGCUAUUCCCCUGCCCCAGAGCAGAGCCCACCUCCUCCACUGUGUAGGUAAGACACCAGCGCCCUAAGUCAGGCGGCAGGAAGCAGCCAGGGACCUAGAGAUCAGAGGCUGGCCGGCUCCGGCAGGGAUUAGGACGGGCCGAACAGGACCUGGUGGCCAGAAUUGUGUGGUGUUCCCUGGGGAUCGGGGGUCAUUGGUCGCUGACCUGUUUACUCUUUGUCACUUGAACGCGGUAACUAUGGUCCCAGGAAGUUCAAGCUGGGCUGAACGUAUCUGAAACCCCAAGCUACAAGUGGCCCAAAUUCCAAGAGCGAAUUUGAGCCCGGGACAAAGGGACAUUGGACAUUUAACCGGGAGUGGUGUCAAGCGUUUUUGUGUCGUUGUGUAUGCAAACGGUUCCGAUUCCUAGCGACCCAGUGUAGGAGAAUAACAGAACGAAACGCUGUUCAGACUUACAAGGACCUUAAAAUAAAAUCGGCAACGUCAGAGAGGACGCCCACGUUUCUCCUUUCUCCCUCCCAAAGGGCCGCUCUUCGGGUUGUGAGGGUCUGCGGAGAUCGAACCGGCCAAGCUAGGAGAUCAGCGUCCGGACUUGAAUCCUGGGGCCCCUCAGAUACUAGAGAGCCUGUCAAACCACCCAGAGGAAGUACCCGGACUUGCGGACCCUGAAAGGGGAGGGUACAUCCCCUCUCCAGGGCGGGCCUAGCUGUGCCCCGCGGGCGCCUCUGCUCCUGGAUUGGCUCGUAGUCCUUGCCAAUGAAAAAUCUUAUUUUUAAAGCUGCCGCCCCAUUAACCCUGUAGUCACUAGCAAUAGAACGGGAAAGGGUGACUUUUCCUCCACUAAGGGCGGGUGGAUCUACUCCAUCUCUCCAACCCCUACCCCACUCCAUCCCAGCCCGAAGCUAUCAGAAAUGCUGGAUUCUCGACCCCACCCUUUGCGGAGAGCCUGAUUCAAUAGGUCUGGUCGUGAAUGCCGUGUGGUAAACAAAGAGGGCCCUCAGUGGCCCUCCAGACAAGCUUUGGAUCCUAUGCCUCAAGAUCAAUUUCUGGAAAAAAUCAGUAACAACCCCCCACCGUCACCGGUAGAUUAGUCUGGGUCUUCAGGUCAGCUCUGGUUGAGUGCUGGGUACUCGGCAUGCAUGUCUAUCUGUCUGUCAAGACCAGAAGAGGCCAGCUGAGAGGUGGAAGGGUUGUCUGGAGCCAACUGUCCUAACUUCCUCCUAAGAAAGAAUUUUUCUCCCAGGUGAGCCAGAAGCACUUUGCUAGUGCAAAGCACCCCAAAGGUUGGUGUAUCCAGUGCAACUAGCGUGCUUCUGAAGAAAGGCGUGGAGAGCAGACUGGCCACUGGGAGUCCUAUGGAAGGACCACAGCGCUGUAUGAAGGGUACCAUGAGGAGGCAUUGACUCCUCUAGGAAAUGGCUAGACCCUUUGGCCUCCAAGGCCCACUCCAUGGGCCCGUGACCUGCUCCACAGCACCGGGUCCUGCCCCUGGCUUCCUGCUUGAGUAGAUGUUCUGCUGUCACAGUCCUGAAAUACUUAUUUUUUUUUAAAUGAGAGAUCUUUCAUUUUCACUUUGCACUGGCCUCCGCAGUUCUGUAGCCAGCCCCCAGUAACUAGCUCUUCUGCACCCAGGCUCCAGUGUCCCCUCAGGCUUCCUGAGCCCUGACUAUGGCGGAACCCAGGGGGCAUUUGCCCGAAGAGGUGCUGGCGCUCAUCUUCUGCCACCUGCCCCUGCGGGACCGCACCACCGCUGCCCAGGUCUGCAGAGCCUGGGCUGCCGCUGCCGCCUGCAGCACAGUGUGGCAUGACACAAAAGUUAGCUGCGACUCAGAGUGGGAAGGCAUGCUUCCGCCGUGUCUGUCUGCCUGCCUGGACCACGUACACAAUCUGCAGCUGGAAUUUGAGCCAGCAAAGAAGCCGAGCCGCCAGGCGGCCACGAAGCUGCUGAAGGAGCUGGUGGGCCGCCGACCGGGAUUACGAAGCCUGCUCCUGGAGUGCAGCGGAGAGAAGCCUCUCUUUGACUCAGGCAGAGAUGUCCUGGGCGCGGUGCACGCUGUUUGCCAGACUGCCGGUGCGCUGCGCCACCUGGACCUGCGGCGCUUGCCCUUCAUGCUGGACGACGCGUUGGUGCUGCAGGUGGCACACGGCUGCCCCCAGCUUCAGAGCCUCUUCCUGAACAACUGCACUCUCGUGGGCAGCAUGGGGCCCGAUUCUGUGCUCGAGCUGCUGGUGGCCUGCCGGAGCCUGCGCGUCCUCGGCCUGCACCUCGCCAGCCUAUCCCACGCCGCCCUCGGGGUGCUGGCGGCACCGGACCGUGCGCCUCUGGAUCUCUUGGCCUUGCGGUGCGCGUCUCCGGAGGAUACACGCGCGCCCGAGCUGCCAGACCAGGCCUGGGCUGCACUGCGCUGCCGCCACCCGAGGCUGGCCGUGGAGCUGGAGCUGGAGACGGCGCUCUGCACCCACACUGUGCGCCGAGUCCUCCAGCCUUCGGUGCCUGUGGCUGCGCUGCGCCUCAACCUCUCCGGGGACACCGCAGGCCCAGUGCACUUUGCAGCUCGUCACUACGCUGCGAACCUGCGCGAGCUGGAAGUACACGCCGCCGCCUCGGCCGAGCUGGACGCAGCGUUGGAGGCCCUGGCGGCAAGCUGCCCGGCCCUGCGCGAGGUGCACUGCUUCUGCGUGGUGCGCCCGGCUGUGCGGCGCGCCUUCCUCGCGCACUGCCCGCGCCUGCGCAGCUACACGCUCAAACUGACCCGUGAGCGGCAUCCUUGGCGGCCCACGCUGGUGGCGUGAGAAUGCUACGUCCACCUCGCUGGGCAGUGGAUUAGGGUGCCUAAGAGCGCCCCAACUGCUACCCGCUUGCCUUGGGGGGUUAGGCCUCCUGACCCUCUUGGAGCUGAGACCUUGGGAGCACACUCUAGGCGCCCAAACUCUAUGGCCCAAGCUGAGUUCCAGAUGUACCAAAGUCACCCUUCGCUAGCCUUUGCUCACUGCCGCCUAGGCUCUGGGGCGGGGAGGGUACAUCCGGGACUCAGGGGUGAGGGGUCAAUAAAAUUCAGCAUUACCUCGGA